AUGUCGGUCAUGAAGCGAGUGACCCAAAGAGCAUCACAGGCGUGUAUCAAGUGCAGAAAAUCAAAACUCAAGUGCGAGAGAGAUUCAGGUUCACGUGUGUGUCGCCGGUGUCUGUUGACUUCGUCUUCCUGUAGCCACAAAAACCAGUGUGUUGUGACCUCUGCUCCAACCAAGCAGGUUUAUCAAAGAUACACCAGCACUAAUUUACAUACCAGGCCCGAAAAGGAAUUGCAAUCCGUGUCAAUGGAUCUGUCAUACUCGGUCAGUGGGCUUCUCGAGGCCUUUUCCAAUGCCGAGGAUGUAGAUUGGCUUAAUGCGAGCGGGGGAAACCAGGGUCCCUUUGCGGAAUUCAUUGCCUCAGGAAGUAAGCCGAUAUCCGACCAACCUCACAUGUCCUCGACGCGCAAUGUGCCCCAAACAUAUCCACUCGACAGUUACCUCACAACGAUCAAUGAGCUACUCUCACCGCAAACCCCGGAUUUGGUUCUGGGAGAAUGUCAUCAACCACCGGAAUUACAGAGGACAUUCAAAACUCGACUCCCGAAUGUCUCCCCAGAGACGGAAGAAUAUCUGAAUUUGAAGGGAGCGUUGAGAAUUGUUCCCAUCGAUCUUCGAAACCAGCUGAUCGGAGGCUAUAUCAAAUAUGUGCACCCUCUUCUUCCGAUCAUCGAUCUACAAAGGUUCUUAUCGGAUGUCAUGCUUGAAGACGAGUCCCAGUUUGAAAGUCCACUUCUUCAUCAAUGCGUGAUGCUAGCUGGCAGUGCAUUUAUUGAACAAGGGGAUGCCAUAAAGGCCGGCUUCUCGUCACGGAAAGCCCUGCGCAGAACAUUAUUUGGGCGAGCCAAGAUUCUCUAUGAGUUCGACACUGAGCCCAACGCAUACAUCCAAAUUCAAGCUCUGUUACUUAUGAUGCAAUGGCACGGAAGCGGGGCAGGCCAUAAAGAUCCAACAUACUGGUUCGAUCUUGCAUAUUCAACAGCAGAGCGUGUUGGCUUGCUCAAGGAUCUGGAACCAGGGAGCUUCUCCCACAAGCAUAGACUGUGGUGGUGUCUUUAUGCUCGCGACCGCAUUCUUUCACUCGGCUUUCGUCGGCCACUGCGCAUUCCCAACGGUGAUGUCACGAUGUCAUUGUUAGACUCCACCAAGUACUAUUCAUCUGAACCAUACCACGAGCUCAUCCUAGCGAUGCUAGGAGAAUCAUCUGCUAUGUUGAGCUGGGAGAACCAGGAAAGGAUGAUGCUAUUGUUCAUCCAGGAGAUCAAGCUGGUCCAUUGCAUCGGACUUAUUAUAGAGCACUUCUACCAAGAUGUUUGGUCAAUAUCGCCAUCCGGGUGCUCUAUUUACUCCCUCGCUCCCAAAUCAAAAGUAUCACGAGCUGCCAUGGUAGGAUGUGAAAAACUCCUCAAGACUUGGAUACAGAACCUCCCUGCUCCGGCACAUUAUUUCCCGCCAUCAUUAUUGCAGGACUAUCACCCAGGAUCCCCAGAUAUUGUCCUUCUUGUUCACCAAUCAUUUCUAUAUCUUCUUCAUCUCACUACAACGUCGAUUCUCUGCCAAGUCGCGCCGGAUGAAGCAGAUGAUCUCCGAGCCACUAUAAUGCCGGAGAUAGGACAAUUGACAUCGCGGGUGAUCGAGACACUCCAUGAGCUCCACGACUGUAGCAUGCUUCAUCUUCUUCCCGGGAGCACGGUUACCAUUCUGUUGAUCAUUCUCGAGGCAAGUUUGCCAGGGCUGAAGGUGUCUGACAAUAUUGUGCGAAUGCAGGCCAUGUCCAAUUUAUACGGCUGCGAAGAAGCAGCUAGCCAUUUAUUGCAAACGUAUCCAGCCGCUGAGAUUGUUCUUUCUCAGGCGCAGACUGCACGUGGACAUCUCUUGGGGUUGAUAGCCACUUGA